AUGUCUCUAUUGAACACGCGCAACAUCCGUGUGAUUAUCGCGGCGUUUGCCCUUUUUACUGUGGUGGGCUACUUUGUUGUUUCCGCUGGUCAUUACUCGGAGUCAGCCGGCAGGGUCAAGCCAGCGGCAUCCUCUGACCUACUUGAAGCUGGGAACACGUUGCAAGGUACAGCCCACAAGGGCGUAGAGGCUCCUUACAAGACCAAACCAGAGGUUCAGGGUAACCAGGCUGCGAAGCUUGAGCCAGGAAAGGGCCAAGCUGAAAACAAACCUGCUGCUCCUGUUCAGGCUCCCGAGGUCGAACAGAAAAGGCCUGAAAGCAGUGAGAAGGUUUCCAGCGGGGCUUCUUGCAAACAGACAGACUAUGUUGUGAUGAUCGAUGCUGGAUCUACAGGUUCUCGUGUUCACGUCUACUCUUUUGAUACGUGUGUCACUCCACCAAAGUUGCUCAACGAAGAAUUUAAGAUGCUCAAUCCGGGGCUCUCGUCGUUUGACACCGACACUAAAGGUGCAGCUGCUUCGUUAGACCCCUUAUUGGAGGUUGCUUUGCAGACAGUGCCUAAGGACAAACAGUCGUGUACACCUGUUGCUGUAAAGGCCACUGCUGGUCUCAGAAUGUUGGGCGAAGAGAAGUCGCAGGCUAUUUUAAAAGAGGUGAGAAACCACUUGGUCUCGAAGUAUCCGUUUGCUGUUGUUGAAGGUGACGGAAUUUCUAUAAUGGAUGGAAAGGAUGAGGGUGUGUAUGCUUGGGUCACUGCCAACUACCUUUUGGGCAACAUUGGCUCCUCCGAAAAGAUUCCAACUGCUGCUGUGUUUGAUCUUGGCGGAGGAUCUACUCAGAUUGUCUUUGAGCCCGACUUCAGCGACAAGAACGAGCAGUUGGUUGAGGGAGAACACAAGUACGACUUCACUUUCGGCGACAGAAAAUUCACUCUUUACCAGUUCUCCCAUUUGGGCUACGGUUUGAUGGCUGGUAGAAAUAAGGUCAACGCUGCGGUGUUGAAAGGCUCAAAGGAACCUUCUUUGACCAAGUACUCUUCCAAGGCUGAGGCUGAGGCUGCUGAAGCUGCUUCGACCAUCAUGAAUCCCUGUGUUGCCCCUGGUAUGACGGCGAAGGGUGUGGUUGUUGAGAGUGCUAAGGAUGAAUUUUAUAAGGUCAACUUCAUUGGUCCUUCUGAAGGUCUUGGAGCCCAAUGCAGAUUCUUAGCCGAAGAAGUUUUGAACAUGGAUACUGAGUGUAAACAGCAACCAUGUUCCUUCAACGGUGUCUAUCAACCAUCGCUCGUGAAGACAUUCCACAAGAACUCGGACAUGUUUGUGUUUUCAUUUUUCUACGACAGAACCAACCCAUUGGGCUUUCCCAGCUCUUUUACAAUGGAGGAGUUAAGAGAUUUGACCAGUGCUGUGUGCAAAGGUCUGGAGUCUUGGAAAUCUACCUUCUUGUCCGAUGCUUUGCAGGAGCUAAACAAGGAGCCCCAGUGGUGUCUUGACUUGUCCUUCAUCACUGCAAUGCUUCACACAGGUUAUAACAUUCCUUUGAACAGAGAAUUGAGAACCGCACAGAAGAUCGCAAACAACGAGUUGGGAUGGUGUCUUGGAGCUUCGCUUCCUUUAUUAGACUCCAAGACUGGUAACUGGAAAUGCCGUAUCCAGGAAACCACGCAAUAA